AUGGCAAACCCUCAAACUCUCGUCGCAGCAAUGAUGUUUAGGUGAGAGGCGAAGCCCCCUAGCCCAGCCCAUCUAGCUAGACGGUCUUUUGCGAUUUGAAAUAACUCGCGAUUCACAUCUAGCGGCGCAGCACUCGCAGCACCACAAGGUGGCCCAGUCCAAGGGUUGACAUCGUGCUUCACAUACACCACAACUGUCCCAUACACUAAGCCCCGUAUGUAGAGCUCAAAUAUGACCCUUUAAUAUCGUUAGAUGUCUGAGCAAAACUGAUAAUGAAUAGAUUCAUGCCCAUUGCAGACCAUCUGUCCUGUACACCCUCAUUGCCUUGUGCUUGAGGUCAGCACGAUCACUGUCCCGGCCCCAGACAAAUUAUGCCCAACUACACCAACUGUGACAGCAACAGGACCAAUUACUUGUCCAACUUGUCAAAGGGGCUGCCUUACACGGCUCGAGACUGUUACAAUAACCUUUGCAGCAUGA